AUGUCUUCAGACGAAGAAGACCAGUACGGUGCCGGGCCUUCAGCGCCGAAAAGGCGACGGCGCGUCAAUGCGUGCGACAUGUGCCGCAAGCGGAAAAUCCGAUGCGAUGGCAAGCAAGGUCGCCAGGGCAAGUGCACGAACUGCAGCGAUCAUAAUUGGGAUUGUACAUUCAUAAGGACUCCCACUAAGAAAUAUGCACCUGGAUAUGUAGAAGCGCUCGAACUCAAGGUCAAGAAGCUGCAAAGUCUGAUCAGCCGGAUGCUACCUGGUCAAGACUUCUCCCAUGAAGUUGGUUUCGAGUUGACCCCUGAGAACUGGAUGUUCCCUGGUGUCUGUGGCGCACCAGAACCAGAAUAUCCCAGUGCAUUUGUUGCUGGACCCAUAUCUCCGGCGGGACUCACACCGGACGCGGCCACCCCUAACACAUUAUCUGUGAUGGCUCCAGACAAUCUGUCACCGACGACGCCUAUGCCCGAUGACCAGCACUCGUCCGAUGAUGACCGCCGGGACUUGACCGUCAAGCUACAAAGUCUGCGCACUGCCGCCCAGUGGGUCUCACGAUCAUACGACAUAUCGAGCUAUCUGGGAAAGUCUUCACCAACUGGUCUCGUGAAGACAGCUUUCGAGAUGCGCAAGGAAGUGGCGCCAGAUGCCACUGCCGGUACCAUUCUCCGCUCGAAAGUUUGGAAGCGGCCUGCUUGGCUUGAGGACUUUAGAACCGAAGCUGCCAAACCGCUCAUAUUCCCUGAACAAGAUCUCAUGGACGAUCUCGUCAGACUCUACUUUCAAAAUCUGAACAUCCUAAUGCCUGUUCUACAUCGACCUACCUUCGAAGACGACUUGAGGUCGAGUCUCCAUCUUCGUGACCGUGCUUUCGGCAGCAUCGUACUCAUAGUCUGCGCUCUGGGAUCACGCUUCUCGCACGACAAACGUGUUCUGUUACCUAGUGAUCAGACAUGGCUAUCCGCCGGCUGGAAGUGGUUUAGUCAGACCAAAGUCUGCGACGACGCGACAGUUGUCGCCCCAAAUUCGCACUUGCAUCUUCUUCAAGCCACAUGCUUGGCGACCCUAUAUGCCUCUGGGAUAUCACAAACGCACGCAUGGAUGUACACCGGCGCGGGUAUUCGUCUGAUCCUGGACAUCGGCGCGCACAAACGACGUGCUUAUGGGCCCAAACCCACUCUCGAGGAUGAGUUAUAUAAGCGGGCAUUCUGGACCUUGCUAUACCUGGACCGCACGAUGAGCUCGGCUAUGGGGCGCCCUUGUGGUCUCCAGGAAGAAGAUUUUGAUCUUGAAAUGCCUCUUUGUUGCGAUGACGAGUAUCUCCUUCAUGAAGACCCUGAGCAAGUCGGGAAGCAACCUGAUGAUAAACCGUCUCUGCUCAGCUACUUUGUUUGGACGCUCAAAUUGACUCAAAUCCAAGGUCUCGCGCUGCGCACUCUCUAUGCCAGUACGAAGGCCAAGGCACACUACAAUUUCCGAGGAGAAGAAUGGCUGACACGGACUGUCGCCCACUUCGACUCGCUUCUCAACAACUGGAUCGACUCGGUCCCUGCACAUCUGCGCUGGGAUCCAUCUAUGGUCGACGACACUUUCUUCUUCCAAUCAGCUCAGCUCUACAUGCAAUAUCACACCACGCAGAUCAUGGUCCAUCGCCCAUUCAUCUCCGUUCCGCCGCAAACUACAAUACCUUUCCCCUCCCUCGCCAUCUGCACAAAUGCGGCGCGUAGCAUGACACGCAUGACGGAAGCUCUGCACAAGAGGAAUAGUGAUCAAGUUGGCGUUCUGACGUGGAUCUCAGGGAAUGCAGGCAUCGUGAUUCUCGUCGGGCUCGGUCUUGCCCGCCUCGGUCGCUUCAGACUUGACCGCAAGCAAGCGAUGCAGGAUAUUGAGUUGUUAAUCUCAAUUAUGCGAGAUAGGGAGGAUCGAUGGCGAUGGGCCGGCCGGCAAGCCGACGUUCUCGAGUCUCUCAAGAUCCUUGGAGAGGCACCAGACAGCAUCCAGUUCCAAGAGCCACAACGCAAGCGCAUACAUGGGGCAGAGGCGCCUAUCGCCGAGGCCAGGGAGACCAGCGCGAGCUCCCAGCCGACCGCCGGGCCGUCCGGUCCGGCGGCGCCAAACGACUUUCAGCCCGCCAUGGACUGGGAGGCGCCCUCAGUCUUCGAUCACAGUACGGCAGGGCCCGAUAUUGGAACCCUAGGCGACCACCAGAGCGAUCAGAGCACAGGUGCUGUAUUUGGGAAUGUCGACUUCGGCGCGCUCUUCGGCCUCGGAGAGGGUGCUCCUGAAGGCGCCCAAACGUGGUCUCCUUCAUCCUUUGAGGCAACGUUCGACCCGUCAUCUACCGGUGUGCUAUCCGGUGGCAUGGGUUUCGGGACCGAGACGUGGGCAGGGAUGUCAUUUGACUUCGGGAUGGAGGAUUGGCAGUGGACGGCGCCGCCACAGCAGAACGCAGGCAAGCAAGGAUCCGGGGGUCAUUCUGUAGAGCACCACCGGUGA